AUGGCCAUAGUACAAUUACUAAUGGCGAUGGACGAUAGAAACGGUGUUGAGGAUUUUAAAAUCAUUUACAUGGCACCUAUAAAAGCGUUGUGCACCGAAAGACUGACGGAAUGGUAUCCAAAAUUUACGAAACUAAAUCUGCUUUGCAUCGAAGUGACCGGGGACACUGAUGUCGAUUUCUCUCAAUUGAAACCUUACAGGAUCAUAAUCACCACGCCGGAGAAAUGGGACAUGCUGACGCGCCGCUGGCGUGACAACAGAGCCAUGGUAGAGUUGAUCAAGCUGUUCCUCAUCGACGAGGUGCACAUCCUUAACGAGCCCACCCGGGGGCCAGUGCUGGAGGCGGUUGUCAGCCGAAUGAAGGCCGUCCAAACAUCGAUGCAGUCCGCCCAUCGCAUUGAGCAACUACAGAAGUUGAGCAGAACGAAUGGGAAUUCUAAGGAAAUUGUCACGCCCGCGCCUAAAAUUAGAUUUGUGGCAGUGUCGGCCACUAUUAGUAAUCCCGAAGAUGUCGCCGAAUGGCUCGGCACUAGCGACAAGCCUGCUGUAUAUUACAAGUUCGGUGACGAAUGUCGCCCGGUGAAGUUGAAACGGGUGGUAGAAGGUUACCCCUGUCCAGAGGGAACCAGUAUAUUCAAAUUCGACAUAAUUCUCAACUACAAACUCUGGCCCAUAAUUCAGAAGUACCACAGCGGGAAGCCCACACUGAUAUUCUGCAAUACACGUAAGAGCGUACUGCUAACAGCGGAGACUUUGUCCCGUGAGAUCACAAUCAACUUUAGCCCAGAACAGAGGGCGAAGCUCGUGGCUGUGGCUUCGGUUAUCAAGAACAAAAAAGUCCAGUCCCUCGUGACAUGUGGGGUUGGUUGCCAUCACGCCGGUUUGCUUUUCGAGGAGAGAACCAAUAUAGAGCAGGCUUUCCGGAAAGGCGAUCUUCCGAUACUAAUAACUACGACCACUCUAGCAAUGGGCGUCAAUUUGCCGGCCCAUCUUGUUAUAAUUAAGAAUACUCAGCAAUACGUGAACGGGGCAUAUCAGGAGUACAGUAUAAGCACAGUGCUGCAAAUGGUGGGUAGAGCAGGGCGUCCCCAGUUCGACACCGAAGCGACCGCCGUCAUCAUGACCCGCCUCGCCGAUAAGGUGAGCACAUCUUCGUUC